UGAAAAGCUACUCCACAUCUCGGCGACCUUUGCAAAGGGCUUCAGAACUGAAGAAAUAACCGUGCCGGGGGAAGGGCUGCCUCCUUCGCGCUUUCAACAACUACAGUGAUACUAUUUUUUUUAUUUUUCGGGGGAAUCCGGAUAUUUCCGAACCAAGAGGAAGCUUUAUUUUAAAAGCAAGAAGUUUGAAGAUUUGGAAAUAGCGAAGGAAACGGCUUGAGUCAAGAGUUUGGCGGACCCGCGAUUUCGGUUUCAAGUGACUUGCUUGCUGAGAAUUGUUCUUAAAUGACGGCCGAGGUUCAGCAGCCGCCGGCUCACAGCACGGCCCAGAGCAGUCCCAUGUCUGCGGGAAUGGAAAAGCCCAACAAUCAGAGCUCUGUGAUGGAAUCAGCGACUUCCACCACCAAAACUAAGAAAACAAACGCUGGCAUACGGCGCCCAGAGAAGCCGCCGUACUCCUACAUAGCCCUGAUUGUUAUGGCCAUACAAAGCUCUCCAACCAAGAGGCUGACGCUCAGCGAAAUCUACCAGUUCCUGCAGAGCCGGUUCCCCUUUUUUCGAGGCUCUUACCAAGGCUGGAAGAACUCGGUACGUCACAACCUUUCCCUGAAUGAGUGCUUCAUUAAACUGCCCAAGGGUCUGGGCAGACCGGGCAAAGGCCAUUACUGGACCAUUGACCCCGCCAGCGAGUUCAUGUUUGAGGAGGGCUCCUUUAGAAGGAGACCGAGGGGUUUUCGCAGGAAGUGCCAAGCUCUUAAACCAAUGUACAGCAUGGUGAACGGAUUGGGAUUCAACCAUAUCCCAGAGACCUAUAACUUCCAGGGGUCAAGAGGACCCAUUUCGUGUGCUCCAAACGGACUCUCUCUAGAUAGCAGUUUAAGCAUGAUGAAUGGACAUCUGCCCAGCAACGUCGACGGGAUGAGUUUACCCGGACAUUCUGUCUCUCACCUCUCCUCCAACAAUGGUCACUAUAUGGGAAGUUGUACGGGAUCUUCCGUAGGAGAUUACCCCAACCACGCCGACAGCUCGGUGUCCGCGUCUCCCUUGCUGACCGGCGGCGGGGUGAUGGACUCACACUCCAUGUACACUACCUCGACUUCAGCGUGGGCUCCGUCGGCCUCCGCCCUCAACAACGGGCCUUCAUAUAUCAAACAGCAGCCCCUCUCGCCGUGCAACCCGUCGGCGAAUCUAACUUCAAACCUGCAAGCGCACUCUCUAGAUCAGUCCUAUUUACAUCAGAAUAGCCACAACACUGCCGAUAUACAAGCAGGAAUCCCGCGAUAUCACUCGCAGUCUCCCAGCGUGUGCGAUAGGAAAGAAUUUGUCUUCUCUUUCAACGCCAUGACGUCCCCUUCGAUGCAUCCGUCAACGAAUGGAUCUUACUAUCAUCAGCAAAUGACUUACCAAGAUAUCAAACCUUGUGUAAUGUGAUACUCAGUGGAAUAGAUUUCCCCUGCCUUGCACUGCAAUGGUCUUCAUCUGCAGCAGCAGUGUGUUCCUGUCUAUAUAAACUUUAUUUUGAUCCUUAUUUAAAGAAAUAAGUGGAUCCAGGAUUAUUGCUAGAGGGAGAGAGAGAGAGAGAGAGAGAGAGAGAGAGAGAGAGAGAUACGAUCUGUGAAGGCACUUUCAGCGAAGCUCAAUCUAAAUAGUUACUAUUUAUUCUAAAUGUUAGCUAACCUUCAUACAGGACACUAAAUAGUCUCCAAAACCGUGAAUUUUGCUGGCAAUAUUUGUUUUGUAUAGUUUUGUCAUUUAAUGUAAAUCGAACAUAACAAUUUUAACUAAAAAGGAACAUUUUUUUUAAAAAAAUUGAAUAUGUAUUGGAAAAUACAUAUUUAGCUUUUUUCUUUGCUCUUUGGAAGGAUUUGGAAGCAGUAUUGUGACACAUUUUUAACCUAAUCUUAUGCACUGUAUACAAUGUAAUUCAUGUGAAUUUAUAGAGGUUUGUAUCUAAAGUAGAUGGCCUAAAGGAUGUGUCCUUUUAUUCCGUGUAAGAGGUCUACAUGAUAUUGUAUAAUUCUGUAAAAUAAAAUAAAACCUGGCAUGCAGUUUUCAUAGCCUGGAAUGAGUAUUGUAGUUAAUACCACAAGCGGUGCGUGUGUGGACCCACCACAGUCCGCUGUACUCCUGAGGAGCUGCCUAACUAAAACUGUAGAGCUUCAAACUUGACAUUUCAGACACGGGCAUAAUUUAUUUGAAAGCCAGUUCCUCACGGAUUAUCAGUGUUAUUUAAAUCUGUAAUUGUCACAUAAAUAAACAGCGGAUUCAAAAACAACCCUCUUAAGUAGAAAGUUCCGAGAUUUUUAUUUAAUUAGGAAGAUUGAAAAAUUUGGAACGUCUAUUUUAAAUCAAAGUAGAAAUGAAAUCCUGAUGCAGACUGUCUCUACAGUUGCUAGAAAUUUCUAUAUGUGCGGAACAUAGUGCACUAUUGUCAUUUACACCCACUCUAGUGUGACUCUUACAUAACACUGAAAUACCUCUGAGGUCUAUGGUCACAGAACUGUAACUAUUAAUAAGUACACAACAGAACGUUGAUGUGUAUGUAUUUUAUGCUUUUAUUUUGAACAAAAUGUGCCAUUUAAGAAAUAUACUUUCCAAGGAUGUGGAUGUAGUUGUAUUAAACUUAAAAGCGUUGUAAUCAUUGUUUCCAGUUCCACUUCGAUGUGAAUUAGCAUCGUUUCUUCAACUUUUGCCCAAUAUUUUCCAAUAUUCUUGCAGUACUGGUCACACAUUGGUGACAGUACUGAAGGUAUUUUAAGUAUUGAAUAUUUUUAAAGUUACUGAUGUAAAUAGAUAGUUAAAUUUAUAAACGGAUUAUUCAUCGUUUGUUCUAAGUUGCUGACAUCACAUUUGAAUUUAUAUCUACAUUUAUUUCCGUACAUUUGUGUAUCUUCUGA